AUGUUGGAGACUCAUUGGAGGAGGAUUGCUGCUGACCUACUCAUAUGGGCAAGUGUUAUGGAAGAAGCUGGUAAAAUAACCGGAAAGUGGCAAAGGCGAAAUCCAUCUGAGAAGUUGGGGUUGCCUGGAAUCCAAAAAUGCACAGCAUCGAUGAGAAUGUUAGCGUAUGGAGUGGCUCCUGACGCUGUUGACGAGUAUCUACUUAUGGGUCAAACAACUACACGGAAAUGUUCUUGUAAUGACCUUAAUGUACUUUACUAUUCACUAGUUUUUACUGAUGUGUUGCAAGGUCGAGCACCUUUGGUGAAGUUUAAUGUCAAUGGCCAUGAAUACAAUAUGGCUUACUACCUAGCUGAUGGUAUUUAUCCGAGUAGGGCUACUUUUGUGCAAGGAUUUACCAAUCCUCAAACUCAUAAGCAUAUGCUUUUUGCUGAACAACAAGCUGAUGCACGUAAAGAUGUUGAAUGUGCAUUUGGUGUCCUACAAGCGAAAUUUGCAAUUGUACGACAACCAGCUCUUGCUUACGAUGAAGAUGUGCUAGCUGACAUUAUGAAGGCUUGUAUAAUAAUUCAUAACAUGAUAGUAGAGGAUGAACGAGAUACUUAUAAAAAUGCUGAAGUAACAAGAAGAUAUUACGAAACAGAUCGCCCAAUGUCACAUCUAGGAGGUGAAGCUAGUACAAGUGGUACUCCAAAUAAUGAUGAGACAUUUCAGAUUCAAACAGGACAUCCUAUUGACAUUAAUAAGUAUUCAGAGAAAAGGGACGCUAUGCGUACGUAA